UUUCAGCCUUUUCGAAAUGAAUAUACCGAAGAAGAAAAGAAACGGCGCGUUUUGCUUCGAAAAUUAGCCCCUCUCUCUCGCGCGCUAGGCAGCUUUCCCCAGCGCCCCCACGCGGUCUCUCCGUCUUCGAUCCCCAUUCAGAGCCCGCGAUUCCGACAAACAUCGGACAAUCGCCACUAUAUUUCCACUAGGCCGAUCCUCCAUCCAGUCGUGCCACACCAAAUUUCCUCCGAGGAGAGCGAUGGCUAGAAAGGAUCUGUCUUCUCGCCGGCGCCGGCUCUCCCUCCGUCGGCCGCGCGAUGAGGACCGCCUCAAUGCCCUCUCCGACGACCUGAUCCUCCAGAUCGUGGGCCGUCUCGACACCCGCAGCGCGCUUGGCGCCGCCGCGCUCUGCAGGCGCUGGGCCCACCUCCCUCGCGAGCUCCCCGCCCUGGAUCUCAAGGUCACCGACGCACUCCCGCCGCGCUACCGGCGGUGGCUCGACCUCCUCAACGAGGCAGUCACAUCGGACGAGCUACGCGGGUGUAGCCGGAGGCUGCGCCCCAUCGUCGGACGGUACGAGCGCCGCGCCAUGCGCGCCAUGGUCAGCUCCGUCAGGAGCCUCAGAGCCCGCCGCCACCGGCGUGCGUGCAGCAGGCUGUCGCUCGAGUUCUUCGCGUUCAGCACCUCCGCCGCCAUCAACCGCUUGGUCGUGGACGCCGUAGAUUCCUGGGGUGUUGAGGACCUCGAGGUCGUCGCCAAGUCGACGGAGCCGAUCACACAUCUUCGUCCGGUCUACACGUUCCCCCGUGGUCGCAUCAGCAGGAAGCCCGGGGAGUCCCGCCUCCGAAGCCUCAAGCUCGUCAACUGCCUGCCCCCGCCGCUGGAGGGGUUCACCGCGCUCACCACGCUCCUGCUGCGGGACCUGCCCUGCUCCACACCUGCGGCCGUCUACGAGGGCGUGGUCGCCGCGUGCCCGCAGCUGCGGGUUCUGCAUCUCGUCUCCUGCUCCUUCGACAAGGAUACAGCCCGUUGGGUGGUGUUCGACGCGCCCAUGUCAGAAAUCAGAGAGCUUGUCGCUGACGGCCCGUUGAUGACGGUCAAGCUCCGCUCUCUCCCCAAGCUCGAGAGCCUCACUGCCGUGGAUGCCAGGGUUCUGUUGUGCUCCGACGCCGACGUCCCUUGCCUUGCGCAUGUGAGCCUCGUCUUCUCCAUUGGACCACUGGACAACCACUCCAUUGUGAACCACUUGAUUGCGUUGUUCAUGCUCUCGUUGAAAGACGUGGCCAUCAGCUUGAGGAAUCUCAUUCUGCGCUUUACUGGGCCAGAGAUGUGGAUUCUGCCCAAUCUGAAGAAUCAGUUUUCUCUGAUGCCCAAUCUGAAGAAGCUGCUUGUUGCGGAUGUGCCAUCCUCCUGGGAUGUCUCAUGGCCGCGCAUCCUCAUCCAGGCAGCACCACUGCUGGAGAGUCUUCAUGUUCAUGUUUCCCAGUCCCAGUGCCAACAUGUGGAGGAGCCAGGUCGUCAGAAUAUCUCCUCCUACUUGCAGAUGCAGCAGCCAUCAUCAUCAUCUUCUUGGCAGCGCCACCGCCAUUUGAAGGAGCUGGUGGUUGUUGGCUUUCAGAGCACGAGCAGGAUACAUCAUCAGCUAAUGUACCUCGUGAGGUUCGCCGUGGAUACUUCGACGGCGCUGCGCCGUGUAGCGGUGUUCAAGCAUGGUCAUGUCGAGGACAAGGGGGGCCCCUGGGACUGGGAGAUGGUGAGCAAGCAAAGCACCUGGAGCAACGAGGAGAAACUUGCCGUCCUGGACUGCUGUUCGACUUCGACACCCCAAAUUGAAGUGCUGCUAGGCUGAGCUAAAUCUCUUCUUAGUAUAGAUUAUGUAUUGUGAUGCUUGAUGAUUCUGGAUGCUCUUUGAGAAACUAGAUUGACCGAUGGAUGUACGUCUCAUUUGAUUUAUAUGCUGCUCUGUAACUGAAAGAAGUGUGCGCUAUGUACGUCUCAUUUGACUUGUAUGCCGUGUAACUGAAAGACAAGA